AUGCGAGGAGCAGAAUACAGAAGUCGGCUCCAGAUUGUACAGCAGACUAUCGGAGCGCAUAAAGAGCUGCUCUUGUGCCAAAGCCGCAGAGAGCACAGGAAGGGGCCCGCACUGCUAAAGUCAUCAGAGCAGAGCGAGGGGCCUCAGCCGCAGACAGACCCCGGAACAGAGCCGCCCGGCCCUUACAGCAGAGAGGUCCACUUUAACAAACAGCCCACACCGGCGUCCAUGGGGUGGGCAGGCAAACAGACGGGGGAGUACCAGGAGGACCAGUUCAGAGCACCCUCAGAUUAG